UGUGGCCACAGGAGGGGCUUGCUGGGCUCCGGCUCCUGGCUCUCCCCGGAGGGCUUUAGAGCGGCCACUCUUGCACUUGUCAUGGAAUUAAAGAAAACUACCUCCAGGCCGUACCAUGCUGCUCUCCUGCUGCCACUUUUCCUCUUGUUUUGGGGAGCUUCACGCUCAGAAAAUGACAGUGGCUGUUCCUCGUCCCCGUGUGAGAAUGGGGGGAGCUGUAAGGAUUUGGAGGUGGGUUACCAGUGCACAUGCCCUGUGGAGCCUGUAGCCUACACGGGCGUGAACUGUGAACUCCUGUACGAUGCCUGCACCGAAGGUGGCUGUCCUGCCCACAUGACCUGCAGCCGGACUCCAGGGCUGCUGGAAUAUGACUGCGUGUGCCCAGCUGGCCCUGCAGGUGCUGCCUGUGGCAGCGUGGACGAGUGCGAGAGCAGCCCUUGCCCAGACCCUCGGCUGGAGUGUGUGGAUAGCCCAGCCGGGUACUCCUGCAGGUGCCCCGCCGGAGGAGGCUGCCGGGCAGGAAGCUCCGUGUGCUCCAGCCAGCCCUGCCUCAACAACGGCACGUGUGUGGCGGCUCCGGGCGGCUUCCGCUGCCUCUGCCCGCCCGGCUUCGGCGGGGCCACCUGCGGGGACGACAUCGACGAGUGCGCCUCGGGGCCGUGCCGGAACGGGGCCAUCUGCAGGGACAGCGCGGGCGAAUACAGCUGCUUCUGUGUGCCCGGCUUCCAGGGCUCGCACUGCGAGAUCGACAUCGACGAGUGCGCGUCCCGGCCCUGCCGCAACCACGGCACCUGCCUCAACCACAUGGACCGCUACGAGUGCCGGUGCGCGCCCGGCUAUGCAGGUGUGAACUGUGAUACUGAAAUAGAUGAAUGUGCUUCAGACCCUUGCCAGAACGGGGCCCUGUGCAAUGAUCACGUUGGGUUCUACACCUGCACCUGUGCACCAGGUUAUGAGGGAGCCCAGUGUGAGGUGGACGUCAAUGAAUGUGAGAGCCAGCCAUGCCAGAGCAAUGGGACAUGCCAUGACCUCAUUGACAGCUACCAUUGUGACUGCAGUGACACCGGCUUCGAGGGGACCCACUGCGAGCUGGACAUCCUGGAGUGUGCCUCUGACCCCUGCCACAACAGUGCCACGUGCCUGGAGGGAAUCAAGGGCUACAGCUGUGCCUGCUGGCCAGGUUACACCGGGCAGCACUGCGAGGAGGAUGUGGAUGAGUGUGUGACAGGGCCCUGCCACAACGGCGGCCUGUGCCUGCAGCGCUCCGACCCCGCCCACUACGGGACACAGCCCCACUUCCCCAGCAGCUUCAGCUACAGCCAGGCAGCUGGCUUCCUGUGCCAGUGCCAGCCAGGCUUUACAGGGGACACCUGCUUCACCAACAUUGAUGAGUGUGAGUCCCAGCCCUGCCAGAACGGAGGGCUCUGCCAGGACCUGGUGAAUGGCUUCCUGUGCCAGUGCCCACCUGGUUAUGCAGGUGUGGAAUGUGCUGUUAACAUCAAUGAGUGUGAGGAGGGUCCCUGCAAGAAUGGAGCUGUGUGUGAGGAUGGCAUUGCUGACUAUUCCUGCCACUGUGCCCCUGGCCAGGAUGGCAUUACGUGGGGAGGGAAGAACUGCUCUGUGCAGCUCACUGGGUGCCAGAGCCACGACUGCCAGAACGAGGCCUUGUGCAUCCCAACGUACCGAGCCGAGAGCCACGGCCACCUGUGCCAGUGCCAGCCUGGAUUCUAUGAUGCCACGUGCUCCACACCAACAACGUUUUCCUUUGCUUCCAGAGGGUAUCUCCUCGUUGAGCUGCCCGAGGACAGUGAGAGCAGGAGGGGCACGGCAGGGGCCAGCGUGUCCCUCCGCUUCCGAACCACUCUGCCCAGCGCUGUCCUGUUUUACCGAGGCCGGGAAGCCGAGUACUUGUUCCUGGAGCUCCUGGAUGGCAUCCUGCACGCGGAGCUGAAGAGGGAGGGUGUUGGGUACCCGCUGCUCCUGAGGGGGCUCAGAGUGGACGAUGGCCAGUGGCACAGAGUGGAAGUUGUCGUGCACAGCACGGUGCAGCUGAAGCUCUGGCACGGCUCUUGUGAGGCCGGGCUCUGCCUGCAGAGCUCUCCUGUCCCAGCCAGCACUGCUGUGAGCCCACAAGCCUUCCUGACUCUGUAUAUUGGAGGUGCUGAGGAUCCAAUGGCCAACAACACGGGGAGCCAGCAAGGCUUUGUGGGCUGCCUGCAGGACCUGCAGGUGGACGCUGCAGUGGUGCCUGUCCCAGCCCUGCCUGCACGGAGGGCUCUGUGUGGACCUCUGGGCCACCUUCAGGUGUGACUGUGCCAGGCCCUAUGGAGGCCCAGCUUGCUCGUAUGAGCGCCCAGCAGCAACGUUUGGCCUAGAGAAUUCCACCAGCUUUGCCUCCUUCACCCUUUCUGACAGCCUUGGGGCAGACUUCAACCUCUCGUUUUUCCUGCGGAGCCGGAAGCCCGAUGGUUUGUUGGUGCAGGCCUGCAAUGGGACAGGGCCCUGCCUCACCCUGUACCUGAGGGACGGCCAGCUGAGCAUAGAGACGUCCCCUGCGGACACUGUGACCCUUCCAGGGAAUGUGGUGGAUGGGAGCAGACGUUUGAUAGCCCUGUCCUUCCAGGGAGGCUCUGUGGGUGCCCUGCAGUCAGACACGCUGCUGGAGCUGGGGCAGCUGCCAGCACAGGCCCUGGGAGCUGGCUCUGAGCUGUUCAUUGGGGGGCACCCCAACCCCGACAGUGCCGAGCUCUGGGGGGGCUACUUCAAGGGCUGCUUGCAGGACAUCCAACUCAACAGCCACCAGAUAGAGCUUUUCCAGGUGGAGAACAACAGUGUGCCACAGGAACUCAAUAGGACUCAAACUGGAAACCUUGUGAAUGGCUGCAUCUCUGAUGACACCUGCCAGUCUGAGCCAUGUCAGAAUGGUGGCAGAUGCAUUGUCACUUGGAAUGAUUUCCAUUGCAGCUGUCCUGCAAAUUUCACUGGGAAAUUUUGUGAAGAGAAAGUCUGGUGUGAAAGUGACCCAUGUCCUGAAGGCACCACCUGCACAGACGUUGUGGCAGGAUAUGUGUGUCUGGCUAAUGCAACAUUCAAUAGUUAUGCUGCCAUUGAAUUUACCACCAACACAUCAGUGACCAGAACUCUGAGCAGCCUCCACGUGGAAUUCAGAACCAGAGAUGAAGAUGCCGUUUUGCUUCGGGCUGUGGAAGAGGUGGAUUCCCUGCAGGUAGCCAUUAGGAAUUCCUCCCUGCUUGUUGACAUCAGGAGUGGGAACAGCGUCGAGGGCGUGAGCUUCGUGAGCCCGCAGGCGGUCACGGACGGGGCCUGGCACAGCGUGUCCGUGUCCAUGGAGGAGCCGGCCGCGCCCUCCUCGCGGUGGCUGCUCCGCUGGGACGGCUCGGUCAACGUGACCCUGCCGGGAAGCGCCGGCAGCCUCGACUUCCUCAAGAACAACGCCUCGGUCGUUGUGGCCGAGAAUUUCACCGGCUGCCUGGGCCGGGUGCAGAUCGGGGGGCUCUUCCUGCCCUUCCCGCCGCAGCAGCCGUACCCGCAGGCCGAGCAGUUCCUGCGGGCCGGCCCGGGCAGCGCCCGCCUGGGCUGCUCCGGGGCCGACGUGUGCGCCUCCGGCCCCUGCCUCAACGGCGGCACCUGCCAGGACCUGUUCGACGCCUUCGGCUGCGGCUGCAGCGCGGGCUGGGCGGGGCUGCGCUGCGAGGCCAACAUCGACGACUGCCAGCCCAGCCCCUGCGUGCACGGGGACUGCGUGGACGCCGUGGCAGAUUUCCAGUGCGAGUGCUUCCGCGGCUUCAUCGGGAAGAGGUGCGACAUCAACGUGGACGACUGCGUGCGGCACCAGUGCCUGAACGGGGCCACCUGCGUGGACGGCGUGUACGGGUACUCGUGCAGGUGCCCCCCGCAGUACUCCGGGCCUCGCUGCGAGUGGCCGUUCCCCCCUCAGCAGUGUGGCAAGAACUUCACCUGCUUGAACGGUGGCAGGUGCAUCACCGAGAGCUGGGGAGCCAACUGCUCCUGCAGGCCUGGCUUCACUGGAAGGAACUGUCAAAUCAACAUAAACGAGUGUGAGCCGAACCCGUGCCAGAACGGGGGCACGUGCCAGGACUCGGAGAACAGAUACGAGUGCGUGUGCAGCGCCAGCUUCACCGGCGAGCGCUGCGACAUCAACCAGCGAGUGUGGGCGCACCUCAGCCACUCGUCGGUGGUGGGAGCAGUCGGGGCUGCGGGGGCUGCCCUGCUCCUCGCAGUGGCUGCAGCCACGGCCAUUGCCAUGAAGAGGAGGAGAGCGACUCAGGGAACCUACAGCCCGAGCCGGCAGGAGAAGGACGGGGCCCGCGUGGAAAUGUGGAACGUGAUCAAGAUGCCCCCGACCGAGCGGCUGAUCUGAGCUGGGGUCACGCUGGGGGGGCAGCUCUGCACAGCCUCGGGCACUGCCCGCUGGCACUGCCCGCUGGUGCUGCCCCCUCAGGCUGCUGCCUGCAAUCAGCCCGCAGAGCAUUCCCAGCAAACUGCUCUGGCAGCCCUGGGGAGCAGAAACGCCCCUGCUGAGGGCCAGGAGGGAGCAGUGGCUGUGGCACAGCGGGGACACGGAACCAGGCCGAAGGUGGGGCUGUGGCACAGCCAGAGCCUGCCGGGCCCCUGCUCCUGCAGGCAGCAGGUCCAGUGACCGGGAAUGAAACCACUGCAUUCACAAACAACGUGAAUAGUAAGGUUUUUUCAACAAGACACAUACCUGUGACUCCUCUGCAAGGCUAAUCCAGGUGAGUGAGUGCUGGGAAUUCCUUCCUAGAGCUGCUGCUGCCCUUCCAGCUGGGCCAGGGCUGCCAUGGCAGUAAGUGCCACUGGGCUGAGCUGGACAUGGCUGCUGGAGCUUUCCCUGAGACCAGACCAAACCACAGGAAUAUCUGAAGUGCCUUUCUGAUCCUGCGGUGCCAGUUACAGCUUAACUGUUGGGAAAGGAAGACGUUUUCAUGUGGGAUCCAGCUCCACCACUCCCAAGCAGCUUUGACCAUGGAACUGACCCUUGUGAGAGCAUCAGGUGGUACCUGCUGGGGUGAGGAGGGGAGAAAGAAAGAGUUCUGGAGGUGACCUCUCUGGACUGACAGGUUUGGGCUUGCUGGUACUGGAGAGUGGAAUUUAGUCAGCCAAUCUUUUAACCCAAACAAGGGUUGGUGUAAGUGACACAGCUUCUGCUUCCCACUCACUAACAGGGGUUUGAUUUUGUGGCUUUGCUUCUCCUGUGUUACUGUUGUAGCUGUUGAAUGUGCUGUUUCUUCUUUAGCAUAAUGUGGCAGAGACUGUGGAAGGAAAUGCAGCACAGCAGGCCAGGUAAGGCUUAAAGUCAUUAGUGUUUCAGGACAAUCACAACAACUAUCAAUAAGGAAUAUUUUAGAACAGUGUCUGCUUUUUAAUGUCCAAAAUACCAUUAAAAAUCAGGGUGGGAACCUGCCUGCCUUAGCUCAUUGCCACAAGAAAACGCUGUUUAUUCUGGCCUGCUUUGGGAUUAUUUUUUCUACUGUAGCUGUAAAUAUUUCUGUAAUUCCAAGCAAAGAGAGGGGUCUGGAACUACUGCUCACAUGUGUCUGUGUAAGAACAGGUCUCUGCAACAGGCAGCUGCUGACAGAAAAAUGAAAGUUUUAGAAAACAGGAAAAAGCAGGAGUGGGAGACAGACAGUAUUUUGUCAGCAAGAUCACUUUCCCUCUAGCAGUGGAGAAGAGGCAAAGGUGAGAUCCCAGCUGUGUCUGGCAGUGCCAGGGGUGCCCUGGCUGCAGGUGGAGCUGUGGCUGCUUUCCUGUGUUCAUCAGCAGUGACUCUGCUGGACUGUUCUGUCCCUGCUUUGCUCAGGGCAUUCUCCAGCUGCUCUUUUGGGAGGCCCAGCUCGCUUUGGGAACAGAGGCAGUGGCACUGCCCGGCCCCCCCGUGGCACCGGGGCUUUGGGGCAGCUGAGGGGCUUUUCCUGUGCACAGGAGGCUGCAGGGCAGCAGAGCUGUGCCAGGCCAGUGGGGAGCAGGGGUGGGCACAGCCCUGGGGCCCUGUGCUGCCAGGCAAAGGCCUCGGGGGCUCUGUGCCACCUGUGCCCCCGCACCCCAGGGCAGGCGCUGCUUCUGCCUCGCUGCUGCCUCCCAUUGGUGUCUGCACAGAAAGGAGGCAGCAGGAGGAUGGAGCAGAGCCCCAGCAGCUGCUGCCACCCCUGCAGGAACAAACGGAGCCCUGGAGCCCGAGCACCCAGAGCCAAGGGGUUCAAAUACCCUGUCAGUGUCUUGAGCAUUUCUGCAAAAUAAUUUAUGGAAGGUGGUUUUGUUUUAUUCAAUAAUGAACUUAACUUUGUUUUGAUAUUUAAUUUUUGAAUAUAUUUUUUCACAAAACUGGACUUGCUGUAGUUAAUGAUUAUGAUCCUGAUUUCUUUUUUAAUUGUAAAUUUUAUAAUUUGUAAAUAAUUAGAAUGUCCUUCAGAAGAAAUUUACAGUAAAAUUUGGUUAAAACCAGA